GCACCCUCCGUACUCCACCCGGCAGGCUGUCCCUGGGCUCCCACCCGAGCAUGGAGCUGGCUAGAAGCAUGGCUUUCUUCGCUCUGACAGCCCUCUCCCUGUGGAGCUUCUUGCCAGCAUCUGGCAGCAACGACGCCCUGGACUGCUGCCUGAGAACCAGCCAAGUCCCGAUCCCCCGCAAGAUUGUGCUGGACUAUGCGGUGCAGCGGAUCCCCGACGGCUGCCCCAUCCACGCCGUGGUGUUUAUCACCGUGAGGGGCAAGCAGCUCUGCGCCCCGCCCCAUGCCCACUGGGUGCGGCGUCUGACAGAGAGGCUGGACAGAGUGUACCAGAGCAAGAACAACCUCUGGAGCAAGUAGCCCCGGAGGAGCCUGCGGCUGGCCCACGGCCCGGCGAUGGGAAAGGGGCUGAGAGAUGAUCGUGAUGCCUGCGAGUUCUGCAUUCCCCUUUCAGCCCGUCUGGCUGCAGUAUGAGCAGCUUACAGCUCCUUGGGACUGAAUCUGGUGUGAUUGCACUGCCUCCCCUUGGAGAUCCCCGCUUCCU